AUGUCUCCCUCCAUUUGCCGUGUCGUUGAGGAUGCAAAAUACCAGACCAGGGAGAUACGGGCAGCAAGGCGGGCCAAGAAACAGCCAUGGAUUGUCCUCAAGCUCAUGGUCUUCAUCACCGCCGGUAUCAUGAUAUAUGCUGCCUACGUUUACAUUGGGAGGUUCUGCGUUCCGGGUAUACGGCGGGAGCACGCGUUCGUCAGUAGAGGGGCCUCCAUCGCGAUGCUGGUGGUAUUCUGCCCGUUGUACCUCUGGAUGCUAUGGGCGUACGUCAUGGUUGUCAUUGUGUCUCCAGGAUAUGCUCGUGAUCAUGUUCCAAGGUCGCCGGACCCACCACCCUUGACGCAGUCACCCUAUAUACCACCCGUACCGCCUUCGUUCAUUGGACCUGAUGCCGACGUUGAAUCUGGCGCGAUGGGUAAUCCAGCUAGGGCAGGAAACGAUAGCAUUGCAGGCCCGUCUUACGAAGAAAUGCACGAUUCAAGACCUGUUUACGACAGUGAUGAAACUGACGAAGGUGUAACACAUAAUAACCACGUUUCGCAUCCACCACCUGUCCAGGCGUCUACAUCGCUACCUCCACGGAGCGAUGGCAACUGGACAGAAGACAAAGAACUCGACUUUCGGAUACGAAUGUCUAUGAUGCAUAUUGAACGACGACCACCUACGAAUCCAGUCCUCUUACCCGCGUAUCGCUAUUGCACUAGGGACGAAUUGGUCAAGCCACAUCGGGCGCACCACUGCAGCGCUUGUGGCACUUGCGUGCUUAAGUACGAUCACCAUUGCCCUUGGAUUGGUCAAUGUGUCGGCGCGCGAAACCACAAGUUCUUCAUCAACUUCAAUCAAGCCACUGCCAUAUUCACCGCAUAUACCUUUGCCACUUUACUGACGUAUAAUAUACGAUCCGCUACUGCCACAGGCGGCGACUUGGACGUUCAGCAAGUAGUUAUCAUUGCACUGAGCGCUCUUUUCUUCAUAUUUACUACAACGCUAUUUAUCUCCCAUGUCCGGCUUCUGUAUCUUUCACAGACUACGGUCGAAGCUAUGUAUGACCGAAGCAUGAAAGAACGCGAAGGGCAUAUGCUCAAUGAUGCCUUUGGUCUCUGCGGGUUCACCCAAAAAAUUCGUCUGCACCGUUCGUGGGAUGUAGAGUGGGGACGGAUAGGAAAAGAGGGUAACUUAUGGUGGUUAGGCUCUGGGAGAAAAGGCUGGGAAGACGUGAUGGGGGAUUGGUGGGUAGGAUGGAUAUUCCCUGUUGGAAGAGGGCUGUCGGAUGGACUGAACUACACCGCCAAUCCCAGAUUUGACGAGGCAGGGAGAUGGAGGAGACGGAAGGAGUGGCCUGUGGAGUUGCAAUGA